AUGCCGGACGUGAAGGCCCUCCGCGCGGCUACGGCCAAGCUGCCCAGCGGCCCACCGCUAGUCGCCGCCUUCACCGGCGGCACCACGGGCAUUGGCUCCUACAUCGCCAAGGCGCUGGCCGCAGUCUUCGCGGCCGACGGCGCAAAGCUGCGCGGGUACAUAGUGGGUCGCAACGCCGAACGCGCCGCCGCCGUCAUCGCAGAGUGUCGUCGCAUCAGCCCGGGCUCGGACUGGCGCUUCGUGCAGGCCACGGACCUUGCGCUGAUCAGCGAGGUCGACAAGGCAUGCGUCGAGAUAGACCGCCAGGAGACGGCUGACCCCUUUCACGGCGGUCCCAAGAGGCUGGACAUGCUGUACAUGACGCACUGUUAUCCCAUCUUGAAGGAACGGUCUACCACAAAAGAAGGCCUCGACUCCCUCAUCUCCACAACCUACUACUCCCGCAUGCGCUUCAUCCAGCAACUUCUACUGCUACUCACCGCGUCGCCGGUGCCAGGCCACGUCGUCUCCGUCUACGCAGGCGGCAUGGAAGACGGUGUCGGCUCGAAACCGGGGGAGCCUCUACCAAUUGGCUGCCCUCCACCUGAGACCUACGGUGUGACGGGAGUGCGCAAGCACUCGAGCUUCAUGACGACCUUCAUGUUCGAGGAGCUGGCGCAACGACACGCGGGGCGCAUCAGUCUGUCGUACGUCUAUCCCGGCCUCGUCGACGGGCCGGGAUUCUUGAGUCCCGAGAUGCCGCUCUGGUUCCGCAUCGUCUGGAGACUGUUGAAGCCGCUGGCGAGCCUCAUGAUGACGAAGCCGGAGGAUUGCGGUUUGGCUAUAGUCUACGCGGGCUCGCCGCAGUACCCCGCCAGGGCCGAGGUUGAGGGGGACGGUGGGCUGAAGGAGGGCCCGAGGAGUACGACGUGGGAGGUGGGAGGAGGGUCUUAUGCGUUGCAAGAAACGGGUGAUGUGGCGAACAAGGGGCCGAGUUAUGAGAAGGUUCGUAAGGAGGGUGUUAGCAAGCAGGUGUGGGAUCAUACCAUGGAGACGCUGGAGCGGAUCGAGAAGGAAAGUCGGGUGGCCUAG